GCCCAUGUGCCAAGUAGCCUCCCUGCUGUUCUUUGCUGCCGUCCUCGCCUCCCGCCCCGGGCUCAGCGAGAGGGGGCGCAAGAAGGUCGUCCACGUGUCAGAGGAUGAGAGCGGGGCCGUGAUCGUCCAGACGGCACCCGGGAAGGUGGUCACCCACCGGGGCGGGACCAUCAUUCUCCCCUGCCGGUACCACUACGACGUGUCGGCCCACGACCCGGAGGAGAUCCGCCUCAAGUGGACCAAAGUGAUGGAGCCGAUGGCUUUCGCGGACGUCUUCGUGGCCAUGGGGAAGGAGCGCCGAGCCUUCGGGAGCUACCGGGGGCGCACGGCGCUGCAGGAGGACGGGACCGGAGACGCCUCCCUCAUCAUCCGCAACGUCACCCUGCAGGAUUACGGGCGCUACGAGUGCGAGGUCACCAAUGAGCUGGAGGAUGACACGGGCAUGGUGCGGCUGGAGCUGGAAGCCUUCGGGAGCUACCGGGGGCGCACGGCGCUGCAGGAGGACGGGACCGGAGACGCCUCCCUCAUCAUCCGCAACGUCACCCUGCAGGAUUACGGGCGCUACGAGUGCGAGGUCACCAAUGAGCUGGAGGAUGACACGGGCAUGGUGCGGCUGGAGCUGGAAGCAGCUCUGAGCAGCCGGGCCCGGCGCCUGUACGGAGCCAAAGCGCCUGGACCUGCCCACGCGUGCCUGGCCCACGCCGGCAUCCUGGCCUCCUACGACCAGCUGCACCAGGCCUGGCGGGAGGGCAUGGACUGGUGCAACGCCGGCUGGCUGGAGGACGGCUCCGUGCAGUACCCCAUCUCCAGGCCCCGCGCCGAGUGCGGCCGCAAAGACACCCCCGUGGGGGUCAGGAACUACGGGUACCGGCACAAGGACGACGAGCGCUACGAUGCCUUCUGCUUCACCUCCAACCUGAACGGCAAAGUUUACUUCCUGCAGACCUAC